GACGGCCUAUCUCUUAGUCCAGUCCUCGACAUGAAGAUCGUCGCAGCCGUAAUUACCCUGCUUACGUGGAUUGGUUUCGGGAAUGGGGAAUCAUCAGUGUUGUUCCUCGAACCGAAUUGCGGAGUUUCUAUUUCGAGUAUUAGUGCCGAGAGUGCUAAAAUCAUCAACGGCCGGGAGGCUGAUAUGUUCGGUAAUCCAUGGAUGGCGUUGAUAAGCAGUGCCACAAUUAUGUGCGGUGGAUCCCUCAUCACCAGCCGAUUUGUGCUAAGUGCUGCGCACUGCAGAUGUAAUAGUCCCACGAACGUAUACCUCGGCGAGUUCGACAGGUCGACCCUCACGGAUUGCUCCACCACAGCCUGCAUGCCGAACGCCAUUAGAGUUCCCGUCGAUGCGCAAAUAGCCCAUCCCAGUUUUGUGCACCAUUCCCAGAACGACAUUGCCCUGUUCAGACUGGCCAUUCCGGUGCAGUACACUGCGCACAUAAAGCCCAUCUGCCUGCUGACCAACUACAAUCCGUUGAACUACAUCCGAUUUCUCACUGCCACGGGAUGGGGCAAGACGGAACACGGCGUGAGCAGCCAGAUCCUUAGGACAGCCACCUUAACCCAAGUGGAUCGCGCCUACUGUUCGUCCACGUACGGAAACCGCGUGGAUGAGUCGCACAUCUGUGCCGGGGACUACAUCGCACACACGUGCAUGGGCGAUUCAGGAGGUCCAGUCUUCGCCAAAAUACCCAUUGGUGCUACAGAUCGAGUCGUUCAGUUCGGCAUAGUCAGCUAUGGGAAUAGGGACUGUAGCCAGGUGGGGGUCUACACGAACGUGAUGUACCACAUCAACUGGAUCGCCGAGGUCGUGCGACAGGGAGGUCCUCAGCUCACAGAUGGCAGAAUCUACUAUUAUACGCCUCGGUUUUAUUACGCUUGAUUUCUUAUUAAAUGCUUCAAAGAGAA